GCACGUGAUAGUUUCACGUGACCACGUGAUAGUUUCACGUGAGCACGCGAAACUUGCGCAUGCGCACGUGAAAGUCGUAUAUUGAUGUGGCCAUACUGGGGACAAUCACAGCUAGAGAAAUGACUACAUUACAGGAAUUAGUUGCGCUAUAUUUUAAUCUAGGACUUUAUUAUAAGGACAUUGCUGCUUUACUUGCAAGUCGUCACCAUUAUAUGGUUUCGAUACGACAUUUAAAACGGAUUUUAAAGUCUUGUAAUCUGUUCCGGCGCAAGGGGUACAGCGAUUUGGAUCAGGCAAUUACUUUCAUUCAUGAACAGUUACAAACAUCUGGUCAGCUCCACGGAUAUAGGUGGAUGUACACAAAAUGCAAGGAGAGUGGAAUAAACAUAAGGAAAGAGGAUGUUCGAUUAAUUCUACGAGAACUAGAUCCAAGGGGUGUUGAUCUCAGAGUGAGGAGACGGCUUCGUCGCCGAAACUACUUUGCUAAAGGGCCUAAUUACAUUUGGCACUUAGACUCUUACGACAAACUGAAGCCUUUUGGCAUCUGCAUAAAUGGCUGCAUUGACGGAUUUUCGCGGAAAAUCAUAUGGAUGAAUGCAUUUACCACCAGCAGUGAUCCAAAACUUAUUGGUGGCUACUACAUUGAGGCAGUGGAAAGGUUGGGUGGUUGUCCACGGAUUGUCCGAGGCGACCGAGGCACUGAGAAUGGUAAAGUCAGAGACUGUCAGCGCUAUCUCCGUCGCAACAUUCACGAUGGCUCUGAUAUUGACAGCUACAUUGAAGGGGCAAGCACGGCCAAUCAGAGGAUAGAAAGUUGGUGGGGCUUCCUCAGGCGAGAAUCAAUGGAGUUUUACAUUUGUCUGUUUGCUGAUCUUAAGGACCGUGGUUUGUUCGACGGUGCGUAUUUGGACAGAGGUCUAAUUCAAUUCUGCUUCAUGGGCAUCAUCCAGGAUGAGUUAGACGAGACUACCUGUGUGUGGGAUUCCCAUGUCAUCAGACCAUCAAAGAAUGACAAAGUGCCCAGUGGUCGACCCAGAGUCAUGUACAUGUUCCCUGAACUCUACAGAACUGAUGACUGCAUUUCCCCAGUGGAAAGAGACGAUUUACAGCUUUGUCAGAGUAGCUGCACAUUUCGAACAACAGUGCCAUGUGACACAGACAUUUACAACAUCUGCAACUUCCUGAUGGUUGAAUCCCAAUUGCAUCUUCCGGCUGAUGCUUAUCAAGCAUUGGAUUUGUAUCUGCACUUGAGAAAUGAAAUCAGAUCCACUCUCUAACUUUAUCUACACGAAACACACCAAUGUUCUCCAGUCAGUGAUAGUCUACUGAUGCUGUUAAUUCAUCUGUUACAGUAUGUGUAUAAUGAAUCUUGGCAAUUUAGAAUGUUUUUCUUUGCCAUCACAUCAAUCAUAAACAGGGAAAUAUGGACACAAGCACACCAAAUAAAUAAAGGAUAUGACAUAAAUGAACAAUUGUAAUUUUUAUUUAACAGUAUUGGACAUUUUGAGUAUGUUUCCCAUGUGAGGCUUCAACAAAAACAGCCAUUGGUAUUUGCCAUUAAAAUGUGAAUGUGUGAAAUGCAAUAUUCUGCAGUAUUGUACGGUAAUAAAAGCUUCCCUGAAAAGUCAUAACAUAAAUAUAACAAAAAAUUAUCUUAAUAAUCACAGUCCAAACGUUCUCAUGAACAGCAACAGCAUUUUAAGUGCUACCUGCAAAUCUGCAAAAACUUGUAUUAAAAACAAAUAAGUAAAAGCUUAACAUUUUUACUUACAUUUAGGGAUGCAUAACGAUUAAUCAGAACAAAAGUUUUUGUUUAUA